CGUGGUUCAGAAGAGCAGAAACAUGUCUUCAUCCAUGUUCACGACGGCGGAGGGCGUGCUGGUGGUCACGCAUGUGCACCCGUCUCCCCAGGGUGCUCCCCAGGGUGCCCCCCGGGGGGCCGGCCUCCCACAUUGUGUGGGCAUCCAGAAGUUCAGCAAGAAGCAUCCAUGUGUUCUCGGGACAAUUCAGAUCAUGGUCGGCCUCACCGUUCUGCUGUUUGGCGUUGCCAUGGGGAUUCCAGCGGACACAAUUGCGGCUUUCUCUGGCUUCUGGGUCUGGGGAGCUUUAUGCUACAUCACAGCUGGAUCCCUGACAGUGGCUGCUGGGAAACGUCUCACCCGCCCUCUGGUCAACGCUGCUCUGGGUUGGUGUGUCGUUGCAGCAGUUUUUUCCAGCGUCGGGACCAUCCUCUACUUUAUUGAUAUUGCUUGGGAAGGAUGGCUCAUUCAGUGCCGCUACGAUCAGAAUUACAACUAUAACUGCUACAACCACAUUUAUGAGAAUCGGAUGGCGAGCUUAUCGGGGAUCAUGGGUAUUGUGAACCUAUUAGAGUUGAUCGUCUCGCUCGUCGUCUCAGGAAUCGCCUGCAACGCCACCUGCAACUGCAGCGGAGAGCCGACAUCAGUUAUUGUCAUGCCUGCAGCCUCUGGUUUUCCCGCGGUACCAGCAACGGCUCCUCCCGUCUCACAGGUGCAGAACGAUUCUAAAAACCCACAACAACAGAGAGCCACAGGUGAACCUGAGCCUCCAACCUACGAUUCUGUCAUUGGCUGAAGACAACCUGCCUCUUCUGCAUGACCUGGCACCGUUAGGACUGCUACAGAUCUCUUUACGUGCACGAGCACUCCAGUAAAAUGGCUUUAAUGUUUUCUCGCUUUCAAAACCUAAACUGACGUGUGUAAGAUUUGACGUCAGAAAAGCACAGUGUGUCGGCUGUUCACCUUCUGAAAUGAUUAACCUACAUCCUUAUAACUGCACUAUUCCAGUUUGCACAACCCUCAUCAUAUCCUCCGUGUGCACUAUGUCCUACUGUGUUCUGUGUGUUGAGUACUUUUUACGAGAGGAAAAAACAAAAAACAGAAUCACAUGGACGAAUUCAGACAUGUUUAGGGAGCUGGUAUCGAUUGAGUUUAUGCAAUAAAAAUACAAAUCUGGAUCGAGUGGAUUUUAUGAACCACUCGAUUAAUCAGCGAAGCAUUUUAAAAUCAUGUGAAAACAUCAGUAAAUCAGGAAGACAGACCUGCAGUGAUCAUCUUCAUCUUCAUCAUCUUCAUCAGCUUAGUGGACACAGUCAACAACACGACAAACUAAUGCAAACAUGACGACACAAAGCAGCUUGGAGGUAAUGGAGGAGUCUGCCGAACCUCAUUCACGUUUUCAGACAUUUUCUCAUAUAGUUGAAAUUGUACUUGUGUAUUUAACCAAAGAGGAUUACAGUGAUUACUGGUGAGAAAUGAGACCUUAAUUAUUUGAAUUAAAGGAUUGUUUUUCUUCAUCUGUGUCAGUUCACCCUGAU